CACAGGGAGAAGUUAGAGCCCACAAACGACGGAAGAGAAUGGGAGGAACCCCACGUUGAGCUGUUCCCAGCUGAGAAAAAAUGCAGUAGCCGAGCCCCCCACCUGCCUCCACUUCGAACCUCGCCCCCCCCUCUCCUUCUCUCUCCCCCCCAGUCUCCACACACACACAGAGAGAGAGAGAGAGAGAGAGAGAGAGAGAGAUUGAGCUUUGGCUUCCAUGGAGGAGUUCAGAUCGAGGUCGUGUGGGGACGGGAGGAUGGAGAUGGAGGUCUACGGGAGCCGGACGGCGGGACCUCCUGCAUCCGGCCUCCACGACCUCCGGUGCUACAGCGCGUCCUAUGCGUCCUCGCAGCAAAACGGCUACCAGGUCCCCAGGGAGAUCAAGCUCAAGAAGGGGAAGACAACGGCGGGGUCGUCUUCCUCCAAGAGUGGGUGGAGCCUCAGUGAUCCGGAGCUACAGAGGAAGAAGAGGGUGGUGGGCUACAAGGCCUACGCCAUGGAGGGGAAGAUGAAGGGGUCGCUGAGGAAGAGCUUCAGGUGGCUCAAGGAGAGAUACACCCAGGUGGUCUACGGCUGGCGGAACAUGACUUAUAUUACGAAGUUAAAGCAAGCUGCUGGGAUUGAGGUUGGGUUUGGGGGAGGGCGGGGACGGAGGGGAAUUGCAUACAUUACAAGCCUUGUGCUAUAUUCUCAUCAAGGUGAAGAGUUUGACAUAGCCUAGCUGCAGGUCAAAUCUUAUCGUCAAUGAGUCAAGGAGGUUCUGCAUCACAUUUCCUGCUCAUAAUUGAUGGCAAGGGGGAAGGAUGUCAAAAAGCCCUUCCCAGCCCUAUCUUAUGUGUUUUCCUUUUAUUUAAUUAAAGUCUGUAUGCAUGCUUAGAUGGGUGCUUUUAGUAUAAGAUGUCUGCCAGAUAUCAUUGUAUCUACGAAUCCUCAAUGCUAAGUCUAGCAAGCUAAUGAACCAUGUCCUCCAUCCAAAUCUUCAGGAAUGUCAUGCGGCAUCCGUAAAUUUCAGUGUUGUUCUACAA